AUCAAUUGGGUCUGUUGGUAGCAAUCCGCUAGGUUACGUUAACCUCAACAAAUCAAUCUGUUUGAUGUCAAACUCUCAAUUUAAUCUAUUAUUUGUUUUGUAUUAUUUACAGGCUAAACAAUGGUUAAGCUGUGCUGGUGGCUCCACAGGAAAUCUAACCCGUCACAUCAAUAACAAGCACCCAUCAGUGCUUCUACAACUGGAGAGAGAAAUGAGAUGUAUUGAUAGAAAUAAGUCAAGCAACUCACUUGUGGAGAACCCAUGGGAGACCCCGAUCAUCCUAUUCAGAUGGAAGUGGAUCUCAUUGCCGAUGGCGAAUCUGGUGUGGCAGAGUCCAUGGAGGUUAAAAAACGUAAAAGAAAAAUUGACAACAAUCAUAUUGGCAUGGAUAACAAUACUCAUCUGCAGUUUUUCGAGAGUUUAAAGUCUCAUUGGUUAUUAUCGGUUUAGAUUGUCCUAUUUUCAAUGCCGACCAAAAAAAGAAGUACUGUAAGAAGUACUGUGUGGCUGCAUUUCGAUCGAGUAGAAGGAAAUGGAGGAAAAUGCAAAUACUGUUCUUCAAGGUUAAGCUGUGCUGGUGGCUCCACAGGAAAUCUAACCCGUCACAUCAAGAGCAAGCACCCAGAUAUAAAUAUGUCAAGCACAUCACUUGUUGGAGAACCCAUGGACCCUGAUCAUCCCAUACAGGUGCAAGUGGAUGUCAUUGCCGAUGGCAAAUCUAGUGUGGCAGAGUCCAUGAAGGUUAAAAAACGUAAAAGAAAAAUUGUCAACAAUGAUGUUGACAUGGAUAACAAUCCUGAUCUGCAGUUUUUCAAGAGUUUAAUUCCGUAUAUGGCUGACUUCAGUGCAAUUCAAAAACUACGAAUUCGUUCCAAAAUUCAACAAAUAAUUUUAACAGAACAUGUGAUGUGUAUUGAUAGAGCAUAAUGUAUUAUAAAUGGGAGUACCAAUAUAACCAA